UGCUGAUGAGUGCACCACAAAGGGAAUCUGUGGUAAUUUUUCAGUAUGUAUCAACACAGAAGGAAGUUACAGAUGCACAUGUCAGCAAGGAUUCCAGUUGAAGUCUGGAAAGGAUAAUUUCACUGAUGUAGCCACUUCUGGGUGUGUAGAUCUAGAUGAAUGUGAAGCAAAUAAGGGAAUAUGUGGUGAUUAUGCUGUCUGUAACAAUACAAUUGGAAGUUACUCCUGUACGUGUCAAGAAGGUUUCAGGCUUGUUUCUAAGAAAAGCUUUUCCAGCAGUGCAAGUUCUUCUGGUUGCAAUGGUCAGACAUGUGCCUGCUGUCCUGAGUCUCAAAAUACAAAUGUUCUUCAAUGUUCUUCUGGAAACUUCAGUUUAUCUUACAAAACUCAGGACAUGAUUAACAAUCUAGUAGACAGUGUAAGAGUCAAUGAUUCAAAUACUACACUGCAGAAUAAGGUCCGGCAAAAAGAAAUAACAAGAUUCCUUAGGAAUGUUGAAGAAAACAUUGUACAUGAUGUGCUUUCAUCACUGAACAAAAGUGGAGCAACAGAAGAAAUAAUAUACCAUUAUACAAAUGAAACUGUUAUUGUUGCCCAUUCUGUGCCACAUAAUAGCAGCAAUGUUGAAGAAAUGCUUACACUAAAAGCAGGAGAUACUACAAUGAAUGUUACAAAGCAAACAGUCAUUAAUGGGACCGAACCAGGUGCACUUGCUUUUGCUAUGCUGACAUCAUUCCAUGGGACCGGAAUUGAAUCAAUAUUCUCUGGCGACUAUCUGAUUAGCAAAACACAUUCAAAUUACAGCCAUUCAAAAGUAGCUAUUGCAACAAUUUCUAGCAAGUGGAAGGAUAACCUCAUAGAUUCAGUCAUUUUCACAUUUCAGAUUGCCAAGGAUGAUAAAGAUAAUACAAAAAUGCCUCUCUGUGUCUUCUGGAAAACUAAUGACAAAAAUGAAAGUGGAUGGUCCAAUGAAGGAUGCAAUGUCUCUGAAAUAAAUCCCAACAGAACACAAGUAACAUGUGAAUGUAAUCACUUAAGCAGCAUCUGUGUACUAAUGGUCCUGGAUGAGACAGAAGUAGAUUUUAAUGUUUCUAAAAAUUACAAAAGGAAAGUGGGGAAAAUUGAGCGGGAUUUAAAGGAAUACAGAGAAGGAAGAGCAUAUGUAAACCCUGAAAAUAGGAUUAAUAACAGGAGAUUCCCUGGUGGAUGGGGCAGCAGGGAUGAUUCAUUUGUUAGACGUGGAAUUAAACCAAACUUUAAUGAAUCCUUUCACAGUAAUGGGAAUAGGAGUUUUGUGGAAGAUGAGGUAUAUAGUGAAAAUGACCAACAGGACCCUUUAGGACAAGACCAGGGCCCUCGGAGGUCCGAGAGAAUCAAAAACCAAAGUCGGCCCUAUUCAUAUGCAGAGGCAACGGGGAAUUUUUAUCAGAGGAGACAACAAGGGGGGACAAGAUACAGAUAG